AAAUUAGCCGAAUAACGGUCAAAUCGCGAAGUGGCUUUAAAAUUAGCCGAAUAACGGUCAAAUUGCGAAGUGGCUUUCCCACUGUUAAAAGGCAGCAUGGGAGAACGUUGGGUUGGUCGAGUUGCUUUGGUGACAGGCGCGUCUUCCGGUAUUGGUGCGGCUAUUGCUCGUAAGUUGGCUGGGCACGGAAUGAAAGUUGUGGGGUGCGUUCAAGAUAAUGUGUUUCACCAGCUACAGGCACUUGCCGAUGAACUAAAAAGGCAAAACAUAUCUGGCUUGUUAUACCCAGUUAAAUGUGACGUCAGCAAAGAAGCUGACAUCCUAGCUAUGUUUUCUGAAAUUAAGGAUAAGUUUGGCGGAGUUGACGUUUGUGUUAACAAUGCUGGUCUUUCCUUUGAUUGUCCGUUGCUGUCUGGAAAAACAGAACACUGGCGAUACAUGUUGGAGGUAAACGUGUUGGGAGUUGCCAUCUGUACGCGAGAGGCUGUAGGUCAAAUGAUAUCCAAUGGCGUCGACGACGGCCAUGUGUUUCACUUAAAUAGGUUGCUUGUAAAUUUUGUUGGUUUCCUUCUUUUACUACACGGCCAUCGUGUUUGCAUUGGUUCAACGUUAGGAUUCUAUUGCGGUACUAAACACAUGAUAACAGCAAUGACAGAGGGACUUCGACAGGAACUUCGUUUACAGAACUCCAACAUCAGAAUUACGUGUAUAUCGCCGGGCGCUGUUGAUACAAACUUUUUCAAUAAUAUGCUUGGAGAUGAAGAGGGGGAAAAAUUAUCUAGUGAAUUAAAGCUUCUCCGACCGGAAGACAUUGCUGAUCAACUGGUUCAUGCCCUACACUGCCCACCGCACUGCCAAAUUCAUGAUAUACACAUUCGUGCGGUGGAACAGCUACAAUAAGAUAAUAAUUAAGAUUGGCAACGAACGAUCACGGAAGUUUUAGGUGGAAGAAUAAUGGUGCAUGAGGAAUAUUUGGCCCGAAUUCAUGUCGUGACACUGGGAUGCAUAAUGAAGUCAGUUUUAUCUUCAUUCUGUACUUGUGAACCUGUACCAUCAUCAUGGCAAUAUUUAUCUUAUUUGAAGUUAUAAAUUCAUGAAUUGAACCACAUACAAGUUCAACAUGCAGUACUUUACGGACAGGGGAAUCGAUUAGUCUGAAAAAAUGUUUACCAUGUCCAAGCUAUUUAAAGGCAUAGGCCUACUGUAUGAAAUUGAUUGAAUGGAAUACUGUAUUACAAUGAACAAAUCACUCAUUUAUACGAGACCUACAAUAAUAUGGGGUGCCAUACAAUACUACAGGAAUCUGUAAACUCUGGAGUGAACGGUUAAUGCUAGUUUACGUUAUUUUUUUUUCUUUAGUGUAACUAUGGUGCAUUUUUUCUUCAGUUAAAAUUCAGUGUCUAUGUGAGCUUUGCUUUUAUCCAAAUCAAGUAGUCAAACUAUACACAAUAAGCUUUGUAGAAAAUUAGGCUAAAGGUUCCAUACACUUGCCUUGGACUUAAUUUCUUGGAUAUUAAUUUCGUCACUAAAUUACCUAGUCGACUGAAAAGAAAAAAAAACAUGCCAUUAUCUGUAUUAUUUAUUCCUGAUAGUUCAAGUACACAACAUUAUUUUCUAUAAUAAAUAUACUGUAAAUAAUUAUGCUUAAAUACCAUGAUGUAUUGAUUGAAUGUGUACCAUAGCAAUAUUAUUUUUCGUUCAUUUUCUUAGAUUUGUGUCAAUGUCAAAAAGCAAAAUACUAAAGUACCGUAACAACAAUGCUGUUUCUGAACUAAUCAAGAAAAUUGGUGGCACAAUUGCCGUAGUGGAUCCAGGAGUUUGAAAUAUGUAAUUUCACUGUCCCCUGGAAAUACACCUCUAUGGCCGGAAAUUGCAUAAUUUUCUCUUUUUUUCCCUAUUGAAUGCGCCACUCUGAAUAAACGCAUUAUAAUUACUCAUGUAAAAACCUAUAGAGGGGGCAGGCGGCGAGAUGGUGUCAGGGGGUUAGUUUAGGCCAAAUAUAAAAAAUGAUUGUGUUGGACCGACCCAAAAUGUCGAGGUUCGGCAGUUUAGUUUGUUUGUUUCUGUAUUUUUUUUUUAACUGCAACGAAAAAUAUUUUUUUAAUGAGCUAAAAGGCUGGAAUAGGCCACUCUUGCUUGUUAUGUGAUCGUUUUGCUCUUCAAUAUAGAUUUAAAAAUGA